AUGAUCAAGAUGAAUAUACAUGCUGGUAAUGCCGUAUUUUCAUACGUACAAUCUAUUCUGAGUAAACGUUUAUUGUCUUACGGUGUAUUUCAAUGGGUCGAUAAAAAGAUGCCUCUUUUUCAUAUACCUAAUUAUUGUAAUAAGGGUAUGAAAAUGAAAUUUCGUCAAACGCAACGUAUAAGUAACUACAAUCAAGUACGUCUGAAAUCCUUUAAACGUUAUUUGGAUUAUUCGAAAGUACCGACUCUCGACGAGAGUGAACUUGAGGAAAGAUUUGUAAGAGGAAGCGGUCCAGGUGGUCAAGCAACUAAUAAAACGAACAAUGCCGUGACUUUGAAACAUAAACCAACGGGGAUCGUUGUAAAAUGCCAUGAAACAAGAAGUUUAUGGAUUAAUCAGAAACGUGCGCGAGAUAUAAUGAUCACCAAAUUGGACAAUUUAUUAAAUGGCGAUCAAUCAAUCGAGAAUCAAGAACGCGUGCUCAAAGAAAAGAUGUCAAUAAAGAAACGACAAAGGCAGAAGAAAUUAUCCGAUUUAAAGAAGUCGUUUAAAGAACGCGAAGGACUUGUAUGAAUUAGAAUAAAGAAGCUAUCGAUGAUAAUUCUUCGUCAUUGAUGUGUAGUAGAUAAAAAAUAAAUAAGUUUUCUCUCUC